AGGGUCCAAAGUUCAAACAAGGUCAAAGGCACCAAAAGGCACAUCUGUCAAGGGACUUCCCAGUGACGUCAUCAAGCACUGACGUCAUCGCUGAUGCAAAGGGUCACAAGUUCAUGUCACCGAGUGACUACAUCUCAAGCCUGACGCCCAAACACGCUCCAGACUAUAGGUCAUACGAGAAACACCUGGCUACAGGAGACCGCGCACAGGUUGACGGGAAGCUGGACUCAGCAGAACGGGAGUUUGCGGCCGCUCUGAAACUCAUCCACGAUCCUAACAAACCUGACCGAUGUAAAGAGGCCAAAUGUCUGUACAGACUGGGUGACGUCUACGUCCGACGAGGCAAAGCAACAAAAGAAGGUAGGAAAUUCACACAGGCAGCAGCUCUGUACAACGCAGUCAUGGCCAGAACAGACAGGAACAGACACAGCGUGGCAAGAAGACUACAGGAGAUAGAGCGAUGGUUUCUCUUGUACGCUGCAAAUGUGAAUAGCAAGUCUAUUCCGUCUGACAGGGCCAUACGUCAUCAGAAGCGACUAGAGGACAUGCGCGCCCGUGUAAAGUCACAAAUAGAAGCCAUUGAUCAGGAACAUAAUCCGUAUCAAUAUGAGGAGGAUGACCCAGGUAUGAAACUAAUUGAGGCCAAGCGAGCUGACGCGGUCAAGGCUCUAUUCAAGACCAUUGCCCGAGAUAGACAAAGGUUUAUCCAUGACCUUGUUCAUGAAUGUAUUACCCAACUCGGUCCUCCUCCAUGUAAGUACGCAUUCAUCGGGUUAGGCUCACAGGCAACAGAACUGGUCACGCCCUACUCUGACCUGGAGUUCGCCAUUCUGAUUGAGGGCGGGAAGGACAAUGACGACACACGGCGGUACUUCAUUAACCUCACACACUAUCUACACCUGAAAGUAAUCAACCUCGGGGAAACAAUUCUCCCAGCCAUGGCCAUCCCGUCACUUAAUGAUUUUCAAUCAGAAAACGCGGACAAAGACUGGUUCUUUGACUCGGUUACGCCUCGUGGAUUUGCCUUCGACGGCUUCAUGCCAUGGGCAAGUAAGACUCCAUUCGGAAGAGACAAGACUAAGAGCAAACCUAAGGUUAGCCUCAUCCAAACCCCCGCUGAAAUGGCGAAGUUUCAGCGACUAGAAGUUUCCGUGUCAGAAGGGUACCACUUGUCAGACAUCCUCAGGCGGGUUGCCUUCUUAACAGGGGAAGAAGCACUGAUGAACGAGUACAGGAGAAAACUUUCAGAAAUCAUCACAGAUGAUCUCCUCUCUAGGCUCAAGUCCCAUCUGUCCGCUAUUCAAAUCUUGUUUGACGAUAAAGACCAUUUCUUCCCCAACUAUAAACCUACUGGGCAACUUCUAAAUGUCAAGAAAGACAUCUAUCGCUUUCCUGGCAUAGCAAUUGAGCUACUGUCUUUGUGCUGUCAGAUUACACUUUCCAGUGCGUGGGAUGUGAUAGAUGAACUGGAGGAAACGGGAAAGAUUGGAGAGGAGAAUGCCACACACCUUAUGGUGCUGACCAGCAUCUCGGCAGAGCUCCGGCUUAGAACGUACGUGGCCAACGGAGGACAAAAAGACAGUAUGUCCCCACUAACCCAAAUGAAGUAUAAGCCAGAAACACGUGAAGUGCCUGGCUUCAUCCUGAGAUCAGUGUUCUAUAUUCCAGAUACCAAAGUACUUUUCAGAUACUACUGUAGGGCAAUCCCUUUGAAGAAGUGUAUGCCAGCCAUGGUUAAAGAUAGUUUGCGUGUUCAGUCAACUGGGAUAUUCAAAACGACCAUCUAUGAUGCCUCUAAUGAAUGUUUGGGCCGAAUAGCAAGAUAUCUAUUGUUAUCUACGUCCAUACGUUAUUUAGAAGCAGCAUUAAACGAUACUGGUAGCGACAAUAUCAAACGUUCGCAAAUGUUGAGGGAAUUGGGAGAUUACUGGGCAUCUCAGAGCGAUGGGAAGAAAGCAAUUAGCUACUACGAACAGACUCUAACGAUGUUGAAAACUAUCCAUGGAGACAACACGGCACAUCCGGUCAUUUCUCACUCACUUCAGGGCCUGGGGUUAUCUUGGAGUGAGCUCGGGAAUGAGAAGAAAGCAAUAAGCUACUACAAACAGUCACUAACUAUGAUGAAAGCUAUCUAUGGAGACGAUACGGCUCAUCCAUCCGUUGCUCAGUUACUCGAUAACCUGGCAUCAUCUUGGAGUAACUUCGGCGAUCAGAAGAAAGCAAUAAGUUACUACGAACAGUCACUAAUGAUGAUGAAACUUCUCUAUGGGGAAAACACGGCACAUCCCUCUAUUGCCUGCUCCCUUCACAACCUGGGAACAUCCUGGGGUAGUCUCGGUGAUCAGAAGAAAAAAAUCAGAUACUCUGAACAGUCACUUACGAUGAUGAAGACUCUAUAUGGAGAUAACACUGCGCAUCCUGACAUUGCUAAGUCUCUCCUCAGCCUGGGAUCAUCUUGGAGUGAACUCGGCGAUGAGGAGAAAGCAAUUAGCUACUUCGAACAGUCACUAACGAUGAUGCAAUCUAUCUAUGGAGACAACACGGCACAUCCACACAUUGCUAAGUCUCUUCUUAACCUGGGAACAUCUUGGGGUGAACUCGGUGACCCCAAGAAAGCAAUGAGCUACUUUGAACAGUCCCUUACGAUGAGGAAAACUAUCUAUGGAGAUAACAAGGCACAUCCGGACAUUGCUGACUCCCUUCAAGGCCUUGGAACAUCAUCACUUAAACUCGGCGACCACAAAAAAGCAAUCGGCUACUUUGAACAAUCAUUAACGAUGCAGAAAGCUAUUUUUGGGAAAAACACAGCACAUCCGUCCAUUGCCCGAUCACUUUCCAACCUAGGGUUAUCCUGGAGUGAACUUGGCAAUCAACAGAAAUCAAUUAACUACUACAACCUGUCGUUUAGGAUGAUGAAAACUAUCUAUGGACACAACACGGCACACCCAGACAUUGCCGACUCACUUAACAACAUGGGAUCAUCUUCGAGUGAACUCGGUGACCAGAAGAAAGCAAUUAUCUACUUUGAACAGUCACUAACAAUGAGGAAAGCUAUCUAUGGAGACAACACGGCACAUCCAGAUACUGCUCAGUCGCUUUUCAACCUGGGAACAUCUUGGAGCAAACUUGGUGACCAGAAGAAAGCAAUUAGGUACUUGGAACAGUCAUUAAUAAUGAGAAAGACUAUCUUUGGGGACAACGUUAACACGCCACAUCAGUCCAUUGCUCAAACACUUCACAACCUAGGAUCAUCAUGGAGCAGACACCGCGAUCAGAAGAAAGCCAUUCUCUAUUUAGAACAGUCACUGGCGAUGAUGAAAACUCUAUGCGGAGACAACACGGCACAACCGGACAUUGCUCGGUCACUCAACAACCUGGGUUUAUCCUGGAGCAGACUCGGUGAUCAGAAGAAAGCAGUUAGCUACUUCGAACAGUCAUUGACGACGGCGAAAGCCAUCUAUGGCGACAACACGGCACAUCCGUCCAUUUCUCAGACAGUUCACAACUUGGGAUUAUCUUGGAGUGAACUAGGCGAUCCGAAGAAAGCAAUUAGCUACUAUGAACAGUCACUGACGAUGAGUAAAAUUAUCUAUGGAGACAACACUGCACAUCCAUCCAAUGCCGCAUCACUUCAUGGUUUGGGAUCUUCUUGGAGUGAACUCGGUGAUCAGAAGAAAUCAAUUAGCUACUUCGAACAGAUGCUAACGAUGACGAAAACUAUCUAUGGACACAACACUGCACAUCCAUCCAUUGCCGCAUCACUUCAGGGUUUGGGAUCGUCUUGGAGUGAACUCGGUGAUCAGAAGAAAUCAAUUGGCUACUUCGAACAGAUACUUACUAUGACGAAAACUAUCUAUGGACACAACACGGCACAUCCGGACAUUGCUCGGUCACUGCACAACCUUGGAUCAUCCUGGGGUAGGCUCGGCGACCAGGAGAAAGCCAUUAGCUUUUAUGAACAAUCAUUAACGAUGACGAAGACUCUCUAUGGAGCCCAUACGGCGCAUCCAUCCAUUGCCGCGUCGCUCCAUGGCCUGGGAACAUGUUGGAGAGAACUCGGCGAUCAGAAGAAGGCAAUUAGCUACCGCGAACGGGCACUAAGGAUGAUGAAAACUCUCCAUGGAGACAAUGUGCCACAUCCGUUCACAACACUUCAGCGACUGGGAUCAUAUUGGGGUGACCUCGGCAAUGAAAAGAAGGAAGAUAGCUAG